AUUACGUACGAAGAGAAACGCAACCUUACCGAGAUGUCCGAACAUGAGGGCUUAAAUGGGAACCGUCAGCUAGGCAACAGUAAUGUCUCUACCAAAUGUAGAUAUGUCAAAGGAUUCAGAAUAUUGCAGACGGAGGUCGACUGUCGACAGCAUAGACCCCGUAUGGGAGCCAGACCCCCGGGCCCAGCGCAGGGGCUCCAUGUGUGACCGGCUGUGUGUGGCCAGCAUGCACCCCGACAUUGUGUGCACCCCCUCGCCAAAAACGCCCCAUCAGAUCAGCCUUUUCACCCCCAGAUACCCAGGACAGAGAAGACACUCCCUCCCCUCGAAGGGCGGUGUGCCGGGGGCAGAAGACGUGUGGGAGGAGGCCACCUGCAAGACCACCAUCCGGGCGGAGAACGAGGUGGAGGCCCACAAAGUGGCCAACAACUACAAGUUCGGCUUCAGGAAGUGGAAGAGUCACGUCACCGCACGCCCCUUCGAGGACCGGUCGGACGUCGUGAAGGAGCUCUACUCCGAGCUCAACGUGGUCCGGUCCCCAGAAGCUUCUUUAAUAACAUGUGGAAAUGUAGUGUACGUGUUGCUGUUCGGCUGGUGGAUAUCUUUAACAUAUCUACUGGUCAGCAUCCUGAUGUUCAUCACAGUUCUUGGAGUCCCAUACGGGAAGCUCUGCUGGAGAUUGUCUUGCUAUUUUCUGUGGCCGUUUGGGAAGGCGGUUGACAAGACCAGCGCGGGGGGGCAGUACUGGGGGAAGUUCCCGAAUUGCAAGGCCAUCCCGGAAGUAGAGGAGGUGCAGGAGUCGUCCCCCCUGCUCCUGCCCCCACCCUCGCCCAUGCCCUCCUCCAUGUCCUCAGCCAUGCCCACGCCCGUCGACGUGCCCCAGGACCUGCAGGAACCCCAGCUGCCUCGCUAUUGGUGUCGGGUCAGCACCUACGUGUGGCUGCUCCUGGGGUACCCCGUCCUGUGUCUGGUGCACAUCCUGGCCUGCUUCCUGUCCUGGAUGCUGGUGUUCACCAUCCCCGUGUCCAAGAUGAACGCCCGCACCCUGACCUCCAUCCUGCUCGUGGGCCCAGAGAAGAUCCACGUCGGGGAGGUCAAAACGACUCAGGGUUCUGAGGGCCGUGCCCUCCUCUGCUGUUACCACGCCUUCAACUGGUACUACUACAAGUACACGGUGAACGGGAUCAACGUGUUCGCCGUCAACCUCCUGCCCCUGGUCAUCGUUACCUUGGUGAUCGGCUACGCCGACAAAGGCGACCACUACAUCAGCUCUGAGGCCAAGUUCGCCACGGCCGUCUGCUCCAUCAUCCCCGUGUCCUAUUACAUCGGCAUGGGCAUCGCCAGCAUCUCGGCGCAGAGUAACUUCGCGGUGGGCGCGGUGGUGAACGCCACCUUCGGCUCCAUCACGGAGAUGACCUUCUACAUCACGGCCCUGCUGCGCGGCCACCGCGCCGGGAACAGCUGCUUCGAGGAGAUCGUCAAAUCCGCCCUGACCGGCACCCUGCUGGGCUGCAUCCUCUUCAUCCCCGGGAUCUGCAUGAUCAUUGGUGGCCUCAGGCACCGGGAGCAGAGGUUCAACAGCCGCUCCGCCGGGGUCAGCUCCGCCCUGCUCUUCAUAUCCGUGGGAGGCGUGUUCGCCCCCACGCUCUUCUCCAAGGUCUACGGGACCCUGGUGUGUGAGGACUGCACCAACUCCACAGGGAACGCCAAUGGGACCUUCGUCUGCAAGAACUGCCACUACGACCAGGGUGAAAAUAAGCAUAUUCAGCCCCUGGUGAACACCAUCUCUCUGCUCCUGCCUUCGGCAUACAUCAUUGGUCUGAUCUUCACGCUGAAGACGCACACAUACAUCUACGACAUCCACAUCAGCGGCUGUAAUGCGCCCGGCCAUGACCCAGUGGUGCACUGGUCGCGGUGGAGAGCCCUGUUCAUCCUUAUUGUGGCCACGCUGCUGAUGUCUGCCUGUGCGGAUCUGACCACUGAGCACAUCCAGCCCAUUCUGGCCUACUCCACCGUCUCACAGUACUUCAUAGGUGUCACCGUGCUGGCGAUGGUGUCGGAAAUUCCCGAGAUCGUCAACGGAAUCCAGUUUGCCCUUCAGAACAACAUCAGUUUGAGUUUGGAAGUGGGAAGCUGUAUAGCAGUGCAGGUCUGCAUGAUCCAGAUCCCCUUGCUGAUCUUAUUCAAUGCUUUCUAUGAUGUGGGCUUCGUGCUGAUAUUCAGCGACCUGCACCUGUGGGCCAGCAUUUUCAGCGUCAUCCUGGUCAACUACAUCUUCAUGGACGGCAAGUCCGAUUACUUUCAGGGCACAGCUCUGGUAGUGGUCUACCUCAUCCUGCUGGCUCUGUACUUCUUUGCUCCCACACCGACUGGCUGCUGAACCACAGAGAGAGAGAGCGAGAGAGAGCGAGAGAGAGCGAGAGAGAGCGAGAGAGAGCGAGAGAGAGCGAGCGAGAGAACCCUCCAAAGCACCAUUCCUCCACACAACCUGUUACACACUCACACACCCGCUCAUCCCUACAUGCGCACACACACACACACACACACACACAUACACAUACUAAUAUACAUAAUACAAUACACACACAGUGUCAGGAGUGUAAUAUCAUUUUGGACAAUUGGAAACGGUCACACUGAACCUUGACUGUUCGACUGUUAAUCACAAUCUCCAUCACAGUUACUCUACCCUUGCGUGUGUUUGAAUGUACCCGUUUGGAAUAUGUGGUACAUUGUACAUUUAAAAAAAACCCCUAGGGUACCCCCCCUCCCCAACCCCCUAGUCUCAUUAUUGCCUUGCUGAGUGAGCUGUUGCUGCCCUCUAGUGGUGAAACCUGAGGAGCUGCGAGAAGAACAGUCGUGGCCUCCGGUGUUUGACAUGCGAUAUCUGAACUGUUCUAUCCUUUUUCCCUUUAAUCUUAAUACCAAAAAGCACUGAUGUAUAUGUUUAAAAAAACUAAAAACUAAACUAAGAUGAAUACAUUGUUUUUUUUAUAGGAAUUUAGCAAUACUUUGUUAAAGGAACAAUACUGAAUUUGUCAGGUGGCUGUCUACUAAAACCUUGUCUAUAUUUCAUUAAAAAAUGUGAAAAUGCUAA